AUGACAUUUAAUAUAGACAAAAAAAAGCAAAAAAAGUCCCGUGGUAUUGUAUCGACGCCUUGCCAUGCUGAUGUGAUUGAUGAUUGUUGGGUUUCACGAUGCCUUAUUUGCAUCAAAAGCGGGACCAAAAGUACAGUUGUCUCAAGUGAAAGCAACAUGAGCAAGAGAAAUAAAAAAAAUUACAUGUUAAAACCCUGA